CACUAUCCUAUUGUAUUCAUCAAUUAUUAGAAUCCUGCACUUAGAACUGGCUGAAGGAAACAUGAGCGAUAAGCAGGAGAUUCCGGGCGAAGUCGUCAAAACGGAGGCAGCAACAUCAUCAAAUGAUUCUACGACAGCAACAAAAACAACUAGCGACGAAUCAUCGAAAAACAAAUGUCGUGAAAUAGGUACCAGAGAGGCCUACUUUGCAAGUCUAAAUGAAUGGGUUAAACAUGCCAACAUCUCCCAGAAUGCUAUGGCUAUGUUUCCGUGGUACCUUAUGAGUAGCUAUCCUCAACUGUUUGCGCAACAACAAUCGCAAGCCAAUAACUUCAUGCCAGUCAUGGGUCUGAACAUGCCAACAACUAGCAAUCCAGCAUUGGGAGGCGCCGCGGCUGGACAGGUACCCAAUAUUAAUGCUGCUAUGGCAGGUAUGGGCGUUGGAUUUAAUGGUUUCGGCGGAGGUUUUCGCAUUAUGAAUGAUCAAGCCCAAGCCGAGGUAAUUAACCGUACCGGAGGCUAUGAGUAUGUACUUGCUCCUUUCUGGAAACGCGCUGUUGCCGAGCUUAUCGACAUGAUCAUUAUGCUUUUCUUGAAAAUAGUCACCAUAUUUGUGGUAACCAAUGUUUUUGGCUUUAACUUAAUGCUGGACAUGGAUAAGGAAGUUUUGAACAAGGCUAUGGAAAAUGACGAUUUUGCUAGCGCUCUGAUAUACUCGCUGGACUUCUUGGCUUUCUCCUCGGAUUUGUUAGCUUUUGAAGUGGCUACCAAACUUUUUGUAUGCUUGUAUGAGGCUGUACUGACUACUUUCUUUGAUGGUGCAUCGUUGGGAAAACACGUAGUAGGAUUGAAAAUUAAGUACUGCGAAGCCAUGGUCCCCCUACCUCCAAACGGCCAAAUACCCCCACCCAUGGGGCCACAAAUACAAUUAGGCUUCCAAACCCCACGCAUACAAAUGCGGGCACUCCUCUUCCCGGCUGAGACGCCUAAAUUCGAACGCGCUUUCAUGCGUGCCGUUGCCAAAAAUCUAAUUCUAAGCCUUCUAUUUCCCAUGUUUUUCCUGAUGGUAUUUUUCAAGAAUAAUCGCACAGCCUACGACAUCAUGACCAAGACAAUUGUUGUGGAAAGUAGCAGUCAACCUCCACUGCUAAGGAGACCAUAGCCAGCCCAGCAAUAGUUAUUUUGAAAACUGUGUUUUAUUAUUGAUUUUGUUAAGAUUAUUUGUUUUUUAAUAAUAUUUAUGGUAAUAUCCUUUCUAUAGACUAACUUGCCAUAAAAAUCUUCUGUAUACUCCAUUAUACGUUUUUUUUGUAGAUUUUGAAGAGAAAUAAAGGCACGGUGUGUAAAUUGUGAA